AUGGCACCAAAGAGAAAGGCUACUUCAGCCCUGAACACUCCAAAGAAAGCCAAGGCAGAUCAUUCUCCUGAACAAUACAAAGCUUUCUAUAUAUCAACCAUCAAAUUAGUAGGUGAUUUACUCGAUGAUACAGGAUCAGUUAAAAUCGCCGAUUCUUUUAGAAAACUCGUGUCAAAGAAGAUGUAUCCUGAUUAUUAUGAUAUAAUCGAAACCCCAAUAUCGUUGUCAGAAAUUUCCAGGAACGUUACUCGUGGGAAUUAUGUUUCACCUGAUUGUGAGGAUUUCUUAGCAGAUUUCAAAUUAAUGUUAGAUAAUGCUGCAACUUUCAAUGAUGUUAACUCUCCAAUUGUUGAUGAUGCCACCAAGAUUUAUAAUUUUGUCAAAGAACAAUGUGGUCAAUUUUUAGGCAGUCCUGUAGCUCAAGAACUUUCGUUGGCUGAACAAUGUGAAAAAUUGAUUAAUGAUGUUAUUGACCAUGAAUUUGAAGGAAUUGGGGUUAUUUCUGGUCCUUUUAUUGAAGAUGUUGAUAAGAAUUUAUACCCAGAUUAUUUCAAAAUUGUUAAAAAACCCACAUCUUUCAAUAAAAUAUUGAGAGAUUUGGAAACUAAAAUCGUUAAACCUGAAGAUGAUGAUGAAACCAAUUUGAAUAGAUUAAAUGAUUCCAUCAAUUUAAUAUUCACCAAUGCUCAAUUAUAUAAUGAUCCAGAAUCAACUAUUCACCAAGAUUCCCUUAUGUUGGCAGAAUAUUUCGAAUCUAAAUUUAACGAAUUAAAAGCUUCAAGACCUAAAAAGAAACCUGUAGUUAAAAAGGAAAAGACCGCCACACCUGUUCCAAGACCUAGAAAGAAGAAAGUUGAAAGUGAAGAAGAAGCCGAACCUGAAGAAGAAGUAGAGGAAGAAAUGGAAGUUGAUGAAAGUGAAUUGAAGAAAGAAGAAAUAGCUUUAACACCAGCUCCACCCGUUUUAGAAUCCAAUGUUAUGGGAAAGACCGAAACUUUAGGCCCAUUGAAUGAAGUUUUCAUCAAAGAUUGUUCAGUGUCUUCAUCAGUUGCUUCUGUCAAACAAAUGUUCAAUAAUUCUCAAGAAUAUAAUCAUUAUAGAUCUAAUAAUCCUCCUUCGAGAUAUCAAUUGAUGAGAGAAUCAUUAUUCCCAUCUCAACCAGUUGACAAUUUAUCAACUAUCUUCAAAUAUCAAUUCCCUGCUAAUGGUUAUUGUACUCAAGGUUAUACUAUAGUUUUACCAGCAGAUGCUUCAUCUACUGUAAACUUUGAUUUCAACUUACAUAAAUAUCUUCAAUCUUUGGAAAGACAUCAAUUGUCCGUACCUUCAGGUGAAGAUUUCCAAUGCAACCUAUCAGUAAAUGAAACCGAAGUCGAUAGUUUAUUGGAUAUAGAAGAUAUUGAUGAUGGUUUAAAAUUACAUUAUGAGAUUAAAUUAAGUUAUGGUAUGAAUAUUGUAACUUUUGAAUGUAAAGUAUCUCCUAAUGUAUCAAAAAUCAUCAAAAAAUCUCAAACACCUAAAAAUGAACCUGAAGAAAUAGGUGGUAGACAUACCAGACAUCAAUUACAACAGUAUAAGAGAUCAUGGGAUGUUGAAAAAAUAACGUUUUAUGUAAUUUCCAAUAAUUAA